UCCCAUAUCCCAUGGUUCAGAAAGGUUAAUCCUGUCACACGAAUCAAAUUUAUUUAUUUUGUAAUUCGUAAAAGUUUAUAUAAGUAAUAAACACAAGAAUAGUCUAUCAUAAUUUCAUUCAAGUUAUUCUAUUAAUCUCUGAGAGUUUCUUUUAACACGCGUACAAACAAAAUACAAGAAUGGACGAGUUGUCUAUAUGGGAACCAACACUGCAAAAAACUAUGAUAAAUCUACGAAGUACAUUACUCCUGUUAUACCAAAUAUGGGAAGAGAUAGGAUUUACAAAAGAAGCCUGUUCCAUGUAUUGUGAACAGGUAUUUUCUCAUAUAAAUGACCUCUUGCAAGAAAUGGUUUCAGAAGCACAACUGAGAAAAAAAACAAUACUAAGCAAUGUUACACAAUUAAUGGACCAAACUUCUGCUAUAAGUAAGGAAUUAGGAAGAGUGGUUCAAACUACUGGAUAUGAAAAUUAUUCAUUGAAAGACCUAGAGCAAGUGCUAUCUUCAGAUUUACAAAAGUUGCAAUAUUGCAAAGAUCAGCGCAUGGCACUUUUAAAGGAAUUGCGUGAAAAGGAACAAUCCCUUUGCAGAGUACUUGGUACUCAACCGAUCAAUUUAGAGAACAAUUUACCAUCUGAGGAGGAACUAGAGAGUUUUAAACUAUAUCUGGAAAAGCAAGAAGGCGAGAAGAAUCGUUUAGAAUCAGUUUUUAAAGAAAUGCGCAGAACAAUCAUCAAAAUGAUAAAUGACCUGGGCAUAUCUCCAUCCACUAAUUUUGAACAUUUUAUAUACACAGAUGGUGAAAACUUUGUUCUCAAUAGCAAUAAUAUGAUCAAAUUGAAGGAACUUAGAGAUGAUCUUAAACAUCAGGUAGACAAGGUAAAAAAACAUGUGGAGGAUCUUACACAAGAGUUACAUGCAAUAUGGAAAAACCUUGAUGAGCCAGAUCAUAUUUGUCAAUCAUUUCUUAGUAGUUACAGUGGAUACAGUGUUGCAACUAGAAAUGCUUUACAAGAAGAAUUAGCACGAUGUAAAGAAAAAAGAAAGCAAAAUAUUGUAAAAUAUGUGUCACAAGUGAGAGAUCAAUUGGUGAAUUUAUGGGAUUUAUGUAAAUUCAGUGAAGAGCAAAGAAAACAGUUCCAAUAUUUUCAUUGUCAGACAUACACAGAAGAUUUAUUGACAUUACACGAGCUCGAAGUAAAAAGAGUACAGAAGUUUUAUGAGAGCUAUAAGCACAUAUUUUCACUCUUAGAACAACGUGACAACUUGUGGACAAAAAUGAAAGAACUGUUGCAACGUGCAAAUGAUCCAGACCGUUUCUACAAUCGUGGUGGUCAGUUAUUAAGGGAAGAGAAAGAACGUAAGAGAAUCCAAAAACAGUUACCAAAAAUGGAAGAGCAACUUAAGAAUUUAAUAAAAGAGUAUGAAGAAAUAAAUGGGGAAGAAUUUACUAUAAAUGGAAUGUCAAUAGAGGAAGCAUUAAAGGAAUCAUAUAAUCAUUUGAACAAAAAAAAAGAAACAAUAAAAAAGACUAGGAAAGAAGCAAAAGACAAAUCAUUGAAAAAAGUAACUUUAAGUGCUUCUAAGAGACUUACACCCAAUGCAUCAAAGAAAGCACUAGGUGUGACGAGUACUUGUCGCUGGAAACCACUGGGUACAUCAAAUAGAAAGUUAUUGUACACUCAAUCUCCAAAUACAUCAGCAAAACAUAGAAAUCCUGGCAGUGGAUCUAAAUUAAGGAGGAAUGGAAGAGCUGCAAGAAAGAUCUUACAAUCUAAAAAAGAAAUAACUAAACGUGAGGAAGAUAAAGAAAACUCUAUGUCGCAAAGUUCAGUUGAUAUGGAUACAACAUAUAAUCUAUUCAAAAAAUAUUUAGAAGAUAAAAGAGAUCUCCAAAGUUCCGUAUUAUCAGAACAAAUUUUAAUAAAUGAAACUAUAUCCAGAAUGAAGACGCCGGUACGAACCCCCGCGAAAUCAAUGCGGAAAAAGUUAUCGUCCAAGACAACACCUACAACUUCUACGUUAAUGGAAUCACAAUUACUUAAAUCAUCUCGUAGUCCUAGACUUGUACAAUCGUCAAAGCUUGCUACUACAUCAACACCUUUACCUACAAUCUCUUGAUUUAUAAUAAGAAUCCUAGGAAGUAAUUCAUAUCUUAAUUCGCGAAAGGUAGUUUUUAAAUAUAUUAAAUUCAUAACCAAAUAAUAACUUUAACAUGUAUAAAUUCGAUAAUUUUUAAAAAAUUGACGGUUGUUUAAUUAGGAUAGUGAUAGAAGAUAUUUAUAGAAGAUGCUUUAGAUAUCUAAUUGGAAGAUUAAUUUAUUUUUAUUACGUCUUUGAAUAUGUAAGGCGAGUUUGUUAAUGCGUCUUUCGUGCUAUAUUAUUUAACUACAAUCUAUCGUAUACGCGUGUAUUAAGUAAGAAUUAUAAUACAAAUUAUUGCGCACAUGAAAUAGCAUUUACAAAAUCGAAUUUUAAAUAAAAUUUCAAUUUUGCAAAAUUUGUAAUACCAUAAGUGUAGAUUUUCUAUAAAAUAUUAUUAUUAGAAACGUACGUUUAAAUGCAGUUUCGUAAGUGAUAAUAUUUUUCAUAAUAUAUUCAUUUACACUUUGUAAUAUAUUUUACAUAUUUUUUUAAAAAAAUGUUUAAAAGCAACAUAAAUCUGUAGUAAUUAUUGUAUAAGCCAUACCAAAAAUUUAUUAAACAUGACCAUCAAAUUAUAUUUUCAUCAAAGAUACGCUA